CUCUCUCUCUCACUCUCACUCGCGCCGCCACCGCGCCAGGUUGUCCGCGACGCGCGCGCGCCCCCUCAGCCGCCCGGCCGGUUCCCGCGCAGGACCUCCAAGCACGACAUCCAGGGCCUCCAGGACAUCGGCCGGACAGACUCCAGGGGGCUGACAAGCGCGACGCUCCGGAUCCCUCCGGGACGACAAGAAGGCCACCAGGAGCCCUCCCGUGAUCGCCAGGACGGCAGGUGAAGGGAUUGACUAAAUUUACGAUGCUUCUGACAGUCCUUGCUGUCGUUCUCCUCAUCACCAUAUCCGUUUGCUACGCCGUGUCCGUGGCGCUCGGCCAUGUCCCCAUCGUGUUCCCCUACAUCAGCGAGACGGGCAACUGGGAGCCCGAAAGCUGCGUCUUCAGCUUUGGGAUGAACAUCGCCUCCUUCCUCUAUAUGGUGGCCGUGUACCUCCGCUACCACGAGCUGCUCGUGUACCGCGAGUCGACGCCCAACACCAGCAUCACGCCGAGGCUCAACCGGAUCGCAUGGGCCCUGGGCACGGCCAGCGCCAUCGGCCUCUGCGUCGUGGCCAACUUCCAAGUGCAGAAGGUCCGCAUAGUGCACUACCUGGGAGCCUUCACCUGCUUCGUCGGCGGCUCAGUCUAUUUUGGAAUCCAGGCCUGGUUCUCCAAGUGCAUGUGCCCGUGGGUGAGCAGCCUCAACAUGGUAAGGUUGCGCACCACGCUCACCGUGCUGUCCGCCAUCGCGCUCACCGUUUGCCUCGCCUGCGCCCUCGCCGCCAUCUCGCAGUUUGACGGCAAGGACCAGGUCAAGUGGUCACCGGAGAACAAGGGGUACACGUUGCACAUCGUGUCCACCGUGGCGGAGUGGCUCGUCGCCCUCAUCUUCGUCGGCAGCAUCAUCACCUACAUCCCCGAGAUGACGCGCAUCUCGGUGCACCCGCCCAAGUUCCGGUUUGAACCCGUGAAAGUCUCGCCAUCCAGAUACGGAUCAAUAGGGAGCACACCUCAUGCAUGACGCUCAUGGCAUAUAUGAUUUUCCUUCUGGAAUGCUAGAUUUUGCUGUUGGAAUCCGUUAAGUCUGUCUCAUCGAAACCCACCGAAAAGUUCUGAUUAUUAUGAAGACGUACCCAUUACCCAUGUGCUCAAUUAGAAGAAAUGUUUACUGCCUUUUGAAGUCUCACCAUGCCUUCAUGAGGUUUACAAGCUGAGUCUGUGAUAACUGACAUUGUAAAAAAAAACUAAUAUAGUAAGUUGUAAGUUUUAAAUCUUGAACUGACUGCGUGACUCCUGGAGGGGAGUGUGGCGUAGGUAAGCCGCAUAAGGCAUUAUGUGUUUGUGUGAUGCAGUCUGUCACCAAUUUGUUUACCCGAUGUGAAAUACAUGUGAUUAAACGCGACAAUUGCAUAUAUUUUUCGCCAAAAAGAAAUAAACGAAAUAGCUAAGUAAAAAAACGUAAA